CAGUGACGAGAGGCUUUGUCCGGUUCGGCGGUCUUUCUGUGAGGGUGUUUCGACGCGCUGGGCGGUUUGUGCUUUCAUCACAUUUGUUAACAGGUCAAAAUGCAGAUCUUCGUGAAGACCCUGACCGGCAAGACCAUCACCCUAGAGGUGGAGCCCAGUGACACCAUCGAGAACGUGAAGGCCAAGAUCCAGGAUAAAGAGGGCAUCCCCCCUGACCAGCAGAGGCUGAUCUUUGCCGGCAAGCAGCUGGAAGAUGGCCGCACCCUCUCUGAUUACAACAUCCAGAAGGAGUCAACCCUGCACCUGGUCCUUCGCCUGAGAGGUGGCAUGCAGAUCUUCGUGAAGACCCUGACCGGCAAGACCAUCACCCUGGAGGUGGAGCCCAGUGACACCAUCGAGAACGUGAAGGCCAAGAUCCAGGAUAAAGAGGGCAUCCCCCCUGACCAGCAGAGGCUGAUCUUUGCCGGCAAGCAGCUGGAAGAUGGCCGCACCCUCUCUGAUUACAACAUCCAGAAAGAGUCAACCCUGCACCUGGUCCUCCGUCUGAGGGGUGGCAUGCAGAUCUUCGUGAAGACCCUGACUGGCAAGACCAUCACCCUGGAGGUGGAGCCCAGUGACACCAUCGAGAACGUGAAGGCCAAGAUCCAGGAUAAAGAGGGCAUCCCCCCUGACCAGCAGAGGCUGAUCUUUGCCGGCAAGCAGCUGGAAGAUGGCCGCACCCUCUCUGAUUACAACAUCCAGAAGGAGUCAACCCUGCACCUGGUCCUUCGCCUGAGAGGUGGCAUGCAGAUCUUCGUGAAGACCCUGACCGGCAAGACCAUCACCUUGGAGGUGGAGCCCAGUGACACCAUCGAGAAUGUGAAGGCCAAGAUCCAGGAUAAAGAGGGCAUCCCCCCUGACCAGCAGAGGCUGAUCUUUGCCGGCAAGCAGCUAGAAGAUGGCCGCACUCUCUCUGAUUACAACAUCCAGAAAGAGUCGACCCUGCACCUGGUCCUCCGUCUGAGGGGUGGCUAUUAAUUAUUCGGUCUGCAUUCCCAGUGGGCAGUGAUGGCAUUACUCUGCACUCUAGCCACUUGCCCCAAUUUAAGUUUAGAAAUUACAAGUUUCAAUAAUAGCUGAACCUCUGUUAAAAAAUGUUAAUAAAGGUUUUGUUGCAUGGUAAGCA